UUCGCCAAUUUAUGAUCUAGUGUAUUGUAGAAAUAGGAAGUAGAGAAGACAGACGCCACGUAUCUAGGGCCGAGAAAUAUGGCAGAAGUUAAACAAAAUGACUUCAGUCUCUUGUUCUCUAGUCAAGCAGAUGAGGAAGAAGCGAAACGUCGAUGUCUGGAAUUAAUUCGGAUAGAAGAGGAUGACAUGGAAUCCUUUCCUCAGCAAAUGGAGAGUCAAGUGGUCGAUCUGGACGAGGAAACAGAUGAGGAAUUUGAAGGAGAAGAAAUGUUGAGGAAAGCGGAAAUUGAAAAUGAACUGAUUGAAAGAGUAUUCCUGAUCACAUUAGAAGACGAGCAAGUGCAUUGGCGACGACAAUUUGUUCUCAAGGGGGUUCACCCUGCCUGUCUUGUUUAUCUUCGACUUAUGGCUGCUAGUGAGACGUCGGAUGGAUUAACUGGCUGGCUGAGUGAGGGCAAUAUUGACGGGGCUAUAUUAGAGAGGCUCCAUUUGUCGCAUCCUCGGCUGGAUGUUAUAUGGACACGCAAAAAACAGACCAAACGGGAAAGCCAGGAGGAGGAGGCUGCAGAGAAGAUACCACUGAAGUAUCUAGCAGCAUGUUAUGAUCGUGCAGUUACUGAAAAACGAAAACAUGAGAGGUCACAUGAGCUGGGGUGUGUUGAAAUUGCUCAGCAUUGUGCAAACCUUGCUGUCAGCUAUGCUGGGAUGCUUUUGACCAACCCUGAAUUAAUUACACUGACAGAAGAAUCUCUAUACGAUCCAGCACCAGUGCCAAAGCUCGAUCAUUAUCGUGACUUGUUCAAUUUAUUAAUGGCAGUUGUAGGCUACAGAACAGUUGGCACAUCUUCUACAGCAUUUUUUGAUGAUCUAGUUAACAGAAACAAAGAGGACUUGAACAUUAUCUUUACACCUGUUCUUAAACAGUUCUAUGAGGCAGUUUGCCAGUUGUCUCUUCAUCGUCCCAAUGAUAUUUCUAGCUGUUUUUCUGUUCUUCAUUUUAUUACACGUCAUUCGUCUCUUGCUCGUGUUUUUGUGUCAUCUGACUGCUGGGCACCUGUAUCUGUAUCACAAAUCUUUGGGUUCUCAUCUCAACGGUUACCAGUGCAAGGCAAUGCAUAUGAAGCCUCAACUCUGAUUGGUCGUCUAGCGGGGCUCUCAUGCAUUCCUAAGCCUUUUCGAUCAUCAGAUUUCUUCCUUGAACCCUCACAACAGGGUCAAGCUCAAAUGGAAGCAACAACAGCAUCAUUACGGCAUCAGUUUACAUUUGUGCGAGAUUCACUCAGUAGAGUACUUCAUGAGUUGCUGCGCUCAACAGAGACUAGAAAUGACAUGCUGAGAUGGCUGGUUAACUGCAUAAGAGACAAUAUGGGUCGCAGACAGUUGAUGGCUCAAUCACAGUUGAUGUUUUCUAAUUAUUCUGGUGACGGCUUCUUUCUCAACCUCUGUGCUGUCUUGUUGAAACUAUGCAAGCCAUUUCUUAGUUCAGCGUUAAACUUGAAGAAAUUAUAUUCAUCGUAUUGCUCGAUUCAAACUGAUGAACGACGGGAAGUAGAUGUAGUGUUUUUGCAUGCAAUCAAAAAGGAGACCAAACUCAGUGUCCAGCCAGAAGGUGACCUCCUUGUUGAGGAAGGUGAUGUGACUCUUAUGACACAAAUGUUCUUUAUCACUCAUCGGUGUCUCCAGUUGGGACUAAAUCGAGUUUGUGAUCACUACAAGAGCCUCAUGCAGGAGUUGAUUAAAGUGCAGCAAGUAGUUCAAGACUCACUUGGUGGAGGCCAACUACUUGGUCCCAUUCGAGAACAAUUUGAAAGAUCAAUGACUCUUCAGCUUUCGUAUAAGGCUCAGCUUCUAGAUCCAUCAUUUAUUGAAGCCGUCUUUCAAUUCUACGUUGCAACAGCCCAAUGGCUCACACACUUAGCUCUUGGUGAAGAUAUAGAUGUUACUAAAGAAGACGAGUAUACAGUGUGUAUACCAGAGACAGCAUGUGUCAGCUUGUGUCAUGUGCCAGAGUUUAUUGUUGAAAGUCUUGUUGAAUUUUUCAUAUUUGUGAGGCAGUUCAGUGAAACGACACUGGAAAUCAUGGGUCUUGAUCUCCAUCAUUUGGUUACUUUUACAUCAGUAUUUAUGGGAAAUGCCCAGUAUGUACGCAAUCCUCAUCUUCGGGCUAAUAUGGCUGAGAUGAUUCACAUGUUGUUGCCACGAGUUGAGAGUUUGAAUGAAGGGCGAAGCUCAGUCAGCAGUAUGGCAAGGAGCAAGAUGUUUGCGAAACAUUGGUUUGCACAUUCACACUUGGCAAAGUCGAUGAUGCGAGCAUUUAUUGACAUUGAAUUUACUGGGCAUGCAAUGCAAUUUGAGCAGAAAUUCACCUAUCGACAUCAAAUGUACUAUGUCUUUGAAUACUUGUGGGAUCUGGAGCCAUUUAAGGAGAACAUUGUGAAGAUAGCCGACGAGAGUGUUAAGGAGAGCCUACGUGGUCAAUCAGGUCCUCUUUUCAUUCGAUUCAUCAACAUGCUGCUAAACGAUGCCAUAUUUCUACUAGAUGAAGCAAUGGAGUAUUUAAGGAAGGUGAAGGAAGGUCAGCGUGCUCAGGACCAAGGAGAGUGGGCAGACCUUCCUGAUGCACAGCGACGCGAGAGAGUGAGUGACUUCCGUCUCGACGAGCACAUGGCGACUGCAAAUAAUGUCCUUAGCUGCAAGACAGUGGAGGCUCUCUGUUACCUCACCCAAGAGAUUCAAAGGCCAUUUGUCUUGCCAUCAAUGGUUGAUAGAGUUGUUGCUAUGUUGAAUUACUUUCUUCUCUUACUGGUUGGCCCAAAAAUGGCAAAUUUGAAGGUAAAAAACUUUGAUAAAUACAACUUCAAACCACAGCUUAUUGUUGAGAAGAUUGUAAGUAUAUAUGUCCACUUGAGUUGCAAGAUUGAGUUCUGUGCUGCAAUUCCCUGUGAUGGCCGUUCCUAUUCACCUACAUUGUUCCUUCAAGCAAAACGUGUCACGCAACAAAUUGGUAAACAUGAACUGGCAGCGCAGUUGUCUGAGCUGCAUGAGAAAUUGAAGUAUUACGAUACAAAGAGACAAGAGACUGAAGAAGCAGAGGCUAAUGCUCCUGGUGAGUUCCUUGAUCCAUUAACUGAUGAGCUAAUGAAAGAUCCCGUAGAACUGCCAUCAUCAAGAGCUGUUGUAGAUCGAUCUACAAUUGAACGACAUCUCCUCAGUGACCCAACGGAUCCAUUCAACCGUAGUCCUCUCACAAUUGACAUGGUUGUUCCUGAUGAAGAGCUAAGACAGAAGAUUGCAAAAUGGCGCGAAGAAGCAGGCAUUGAAAAGACCACCAGCAGUUAAAAC